AGACCAUAGAGUCCGAACGGCUCCCGGAAAUAUUUGUUUACAUUCACUGUGUUAUCAAUCGGCGGACUUGUAUUUUUUUUCAAAAUUCCACUAUCAGACACGAAUAAUUUAAGAAUUUCGAACCUUUUAUGCAUGAUAUUUCUCCAAAACAGUCAGUAUUUUUUUUCAAAAAUGAAUAAAUAACAGUGUGAAAUAAAUGUGAUACCGAUAUAUCGCCGAAUUCAUUCCUUUCUUGCCGACUUGAUGUUCUUUCACUUUCACUUUUAUGCACACUUUUACGAAUGUAUUUCAUCAAAUGCUGUGAAUUUCUGCUCUUAUUUUGAUUUUAUAUGAUGGUGAGUACACGAAGAAAACUAAAAUGGAUAUCAUCAGAUUUUUACGAGUGUCUGUUUUUCAAUGUACCGUUUUUUUUUCUUCAGCCUUUUUUCACUCCAGCAUGUAUGUCAUCUGUGAAACAUGUGGAAUUGAAUUUUCAAGGCAAUCAAAUUUAAACCGGCACCAACGUAAAAUCCAUAAUGUUGCCGUUGAAUCCCAGCCAAAAAAUAAGUGGAAAUGCGCUCUAUGCGAAUUCGGAGGUUCGCCAACUGCAAUUCGCGAACAUUAUGGACAAACUCACGAAUUACAACUAGAAACUGAAUCACUGAAAUUCGCCGGUGAAAAUUCUUUCAAGGAAUGGAAAUAUGAAAUCGAAAAGGAGUCUGUUUGCAAAUAUGUUCUUCUUUGUGGCGAAAGAAAUGGUAUAACACAUUAUUACUGUCAUAGAGCUGGCAAUUUUGAAUCAAAAGGUAAAAAUAAACGUCAUUUAAAAACGCAAGGAUCUAAACGAAUUGGAGCAUAUUGUCCAGCUCAAAUCAAAGUAUUUAAAGAUCCGAGUAACUCCAGCUAUCCGAUUCAGGUUGAAUUUUGUAAAACUCAUGUUGGACAUGAAAAUGAACUUUGUCACAUUACUCUAUCACCCAAAACAAAACAAAAAGUGGCAGCAAAAUUACUCGAUCAUGUGCCGCCAGAAGCAAUUAUUGAUGAAGUAAGAAAUAAUGUCACUUCAAAUGAAUUUGAAAGAAUUCAUUUGCUAACUACUAUGGAUAUCUACAAUAUUUCUAAAGAAUUCGGAAUAACAGCUGAAUAUCAAAAAGAUAGCAACGAUGCGGCAAGUGUGUAUAAAUUUGUACAAGAGUUGAGAGAAUCGAAUGGUGGUUCUUCAAUUUUAUACUACAAACCUCAAGAUGUUAUCGAUGAAACUUACCCAGAACUCAAAAGUGACGAUUUUGUAUUAAUUCUUAUGAAUAAACCUCAAAUUGAAAUGCUACAGCAUUAUGGAAACGAUGUUAUUUCAAUAGAUGGAACCCAUGGAAUGAGUUACGAUUUUCAAUUAUUCACUCUACUUGUUCUCGAUGAUAUAAGGGAAGGGUUUCCUUGUUCAUUUAUGGUAACUAAUCGUGAAGAUGAACAGAUAAUGAAGAUUUAUUUUUCCGUGAUUCGAAGUUUCUGUGGUCAGAUAACUUGUAAAGUUUUCAUGUCUGACAUGGCCAAUCAAUUCUCAAAUGCGUGGAAUGCAAUUAUGGGUACUCCAGAAUAUCAAUUAUAUUGUGCUUGGCACGUUGAUAACGCCUGGCAGAAAAAUCUUACUAAAAUAACCAACGAUGCUACCGGAGAAAAAAAAACUUUCGCUUACCAGGUGGUCAAGACAUUGAUGGAGGAGUUAGAUCAGAAUAAAUUUACUUUGUUACUUGAAGAAGCUGUGAACACCUUGAAGGCAGAUGAAAGUACUUUGGAAUAUGGAAAGUAUUUCGAAUCUCAUUACUAUUCUAACUACAAGAAAUGGGCGUAUUGUUAUCGUAUUGGUGCAGGUAUCAACACUAACAAUCACUUAGAACGUAUGCAUGGUACCUUCAAGUACGUAUACUUAAAAGGAAGAAAAGUUGGACGCCUAGAUAAAAGUUUAUUCUUUUUGAUGCGGUUCACUAGGAACAAGUUAUUCAAUAGAGUCAUUGUUGAGAAUAAAGGAAAAAUUUCAUACAAGUUGAGAUGUGUACGCAAAAGACACUCAACGUCUAAAAAAAUGCAGAACCUUAUCACAGAAACAAAUUCUACAGCUGAUCCCAAUGGACCUCGAAUAUACCUUGUCGCUGCUUCAUCCGGAGAGUCAAAUUACGAAGUAUCAAAAAAUCCAGAGCCAGUUCAUCAGUCUUGUAAACUUGUGUGUAAUGAUUGCUCGAAUACAUGCAUUCACCAGUACGUGUGCACUUGCGUUGAUAAUGCAAUCAAGUUUAACAUGUGUAAACAUAUACAUCACGUAAUUCAGCACCAGAUGAAUAACUCUCAUUCCAAUAUUGCUCCAUUGGAUUCCCAGAGUGUAAAUGAUGUCCACCCCAGCACUGGUGAAUCUAAUGAUAAAAUAAAUGCUACUAUUUUCAACGAAUUGAAAGUUGCUGAUGAUUUGAAUGCCGUGGAUGAAUAUUAUGCUAAAGGAAGAGCAUUAUGUAAGGAUGAUGAUUCUCGCCGCUUUUUUUUGAAGGAAAUGAAAAAAAUGGUGUUAAAACUCGAAUGUCAGGACUUUAAGUCAUUUUCUCCCUCAAAGUGUGCAUCAAGAGCUGCCGAAUCGAAAAGGAAACGUGGUAUUGUUAUAAAAUCUAAAAAAAGUCUCCAAUUAACUCCUCAGAAACGUUUAUUUUCUACUAAAAAAAAAGAGAAGACUAAGAAAAAUAAACAAAGUAAACCAUCUUCGUUAUGUAAAGACGCGAUUUGCAAUGAACUGAUUUUGCCAACGCCAAAACCAAUUCCUGUACCAGAAGAGCUACCAGCUCCAGAGCUACCGGCACAAGAGCCAAAUUUUUCUUUAGAAAACCCAAAGGGAAAAGUGCCUUCUUCAAAGAAACCAAAAGAAAACCCAAAGAGAAAAGUGCCUUCUUCAAAGAAACCAAAAGAAACCUAAAGAUAAAAGUGUCUUUUUCAAAAAAACCAAAUAAAGUACCUACUUUUUUGUUAUUUUUAUUUUAAUUUUGUAAUAUUAGGCGAUACCUAAUCGAAUGUUUUGUAGUAUUUAAGGUUAUAAAAUAAUGUUUUAGUCACUUAUGGAUCUAGUUUGAAGUACUUACUUUGUGAUAGGUAUUGAUUGUUCAAAGUUUUUUCCAGUUAUAUGGUGAUUUUUUCAGUUUUUCUUAUUUUUAUUGUAAUCUUUAUUUUAUGUUUUCAAUACGUAUUCCAUUAUUCGUAGAAGAAUUACGAAAUACCUAGUUUUUAUAUUUUACAUUACUCUUACUCCUUAAUUCUAGUUCGGUACUGUUGGUGCUUUAAUUUUCUCGGAUUACCAUUACGUGGUGAUGAAUAAAAUUCAAUUUCAGUAAGGUACUUUUUGUUCCCGAUAAUUUUGUAAGUUUUUCGUUGUUUUUUGUUUGUGUUUAAAUGCUAUUAAAUAAGAAUUAUUUGAUUUUUUCCUUAUUAAAUUGAAACUUUAUUCAAUAAAUUUUUAAUCAUUUAUUUCAUAUUGUAUUCGAUAAUCGUUGUGCAUUAUUAAAAUAUGUUGAAUUCAUCUCACAAUUCUCAUUUCUCACACCAUACAGAAAGUUGAAAAAGAUUGUGGAAAGGGAAAAAUAAAUUAAAUUUGAAAAAAAAUACAAGUCCAUCGAUAGAUAACACUACGCAAAGCCAACAAACAUGUUUGGGAGCCGUUCGGAC